UUACAAUCUCUUUGUUUUAUGACUUGUAUACCAAACCAAACUAACUCUUGUUGCACCACAACCAAAAGGGAUCCUUCCGCCACACAACCGUGUGUGUGGCAAUCAGGCCUAAUGGUUGUGUCUACGUUACAGACGUUAUUUACUGGAAUACAUUUAGUUGCAGCUUUAAACUUCCCUGUCAGUGAAGCUAUGGCGAUAAUCGGUACAUUUGUUAUCCCCCACGGUGGUAUUGCUUUAGAUCCUUCCUAUUUUAAUACGACAAACGAAACAGCAAAACAACAAGCCUGGGAAGUUCAUAAAGCCUGCGUGGAUAUUGGACAUCAAAUUUCAGAAAAGAAACCAGAUGUAAUAUUUUUAAGCACCCCGCAUGGAGUGUCUGAUCUCAACAGAUUUGCGUUUUAUAUGAACCCUACUGGGCAUGGUUUUGCAGACACUGACAACUGUGCCUGCCCGCCUUGUUGUUAUGAACUGACGGCUAAUUUUGAUGUAAAUACCACUAAUGGACUCUUAAAAAAUCUGUCUGGACAGAAAUUUGACGUAACUGGCUUGAGCGCGUUUGGCCCACCUGGGGAGAGCAACGACGCUUUCCCCUUGAGGUGGGCAGAAGUGAUUCCUCUCAGUUUUAUCAAGGACUUGAAAAAUAUGAAGAUAGUUGUUAUUUCACAGCCUUCAAAAAGAUAUACAGAGUCAGUAAAAAUGAUACCAGAACUUUUAAUGUUAGGACAAAAGCUUUACCAGGAACUAGAAGAAUUAGCUGACAAGAAAGUUGUCGUGAUAGUCAGUGCUGACUUGGCUCACACCCACUCAGAAGAAGGGCCCUAUGGGUAUUCUAAUGCCUCGGAGCCCUUUGACAAGGCCUGUGGAACCUGGGCUUCUACACUGCAGCCAGACGCUCUCCUGAAGACUGCAGCCAGCUAUGUAGAUGAGGCUAAAUCCUGUGGAUACACAGGGCUGGUGAUGCUGCAUGGUAUGCUACAGGCUGCAGGACUGGACAGCUGGACUCAUAGGCUACUCGUAAACUACCACCCAAGUUAUUAUGGAAUGAUGGUUGCCGAAUUUCUUCCAAGAAAAGUGUGAAAUUUAAAUGAUUUUUUUAAAAUUCAGAUUGAGAUCUGUGGAAUUUCUCUCUAUAUGAAUAAGCCUUCUUGAGAGUGCUCAGAAUUGAACAUUGAAUGGAGACAUUACCCCAGUGAUUGGUUAAUCACUUGUGUAUGUUUAAUUAUUGCAAUAUAUCAUUUCUUAUCACACAGUCAAGUUUUAUUUCCUUGCAUUUUUUUUUUUU